AUGACUUUGGGAACUAUAGCAAAUGCAAUUUGGAACAAACUGCAAGAACUCCGCCGAGGAAUCACAAAAAUGACAAUUACUGCAAUUAAAAUCACAGGUAAUAUUCGAUAUACUGAUAAUGGAACUCAAACAGAUACAAAUGUUUGUUUAACACAACAAAACAAAUUGACACCAGAAGAAUUACUGGAAACUACAGAUUUGUUCAUUAUGCAAACAUAUACUAAAAACAUAGAGCUUGAUUUAAAGUCCUAUUUAAGAACUAUUAAGCAAUAUAGAGAUAAAUCCGAAGCGAUUAAAACAUCUUAUGAAGAGAAGAUACAUGAUUUGGAAUCAGAAAUAUCUUUAUUAAAAACAGAAUCCCAAAAACUCACCGCUAAAUUAGACAAUAUUACGAAAUCCAAGUCUGAGUUAGAAUUAGAAUUAUAUAAAUGUAAAGCUAAACUAGAGUUUGAUGCUAGAGAGUAUCAGAAGUUAGAAAUUGAAAAUGAAUCUAUGCAAAAGUAUUGCACAGAAAAUACUAAACUCAUGAAAACUAUUUGCAGUCUCGAAGCGGAGUUACAAAGUAACAUUAAAAAAUGCAAUAUCGCUUAUGAAAGAUUUCAGGAGACAGAAAUGCACACAGAGACACUUAUAUCUAAUAACAAAAAAGUUGAAGAAAUGCUUAAUUCUCACAUUGAUGAACUAAAAGACAGACAUGCAGAAUCAAUUGAAAUGAUAUCAAAAUUAGAACAAUACACCGAUGAAAAAGAAAAGGUAAUUGAUGGCUUAAAAGUUGAUUUAGAUAUACUUCAAAAACGGUUUAAAAUUUCAGAAGAAGAAAAUAUGGAAAAAGAUAGUUGUAUCCAAGAAAUGGAAUUAAAAUUGAAAGAGUACGAAAAGAAAUUUCUAAUAUUAUUGUAUAAUCCCGACUUUUUUUCUGAUGUUUCUACAAAGAAGGUUGAAUGCGAACCUAUACGAGAUAUGGAAAACCAAAUUGAGGCUAACGAAACGCGAAUGCAAUUAUUAUCUAAACAUAAUGAACAUUUACGAAAUAUCUUGCAAAAGUUAAAAUCUAAAACUAUUCAAUAA